UGUCAAGUAUCAUGUGGAUUUCACGUUGUUUUUGUUUCCCAGACAUAUUAAAUUUCGUCGCUGUUUAAAUUAUAAAUGAUAAGUUAAUAUUCUAUUGACUGCAAGUAUGAAGUAUAAUUACAAGUUUCAAAAUUUACUAGGUACAGUAUAUAGAAAAGGCGAUGUUGUAUUUAGUCAUGACGGGAAUAGUGUAAUUAGUCCUGUGGGGAACAGGAUUACAGUUUACAAUUUAAAACAGAACAAAAAUAUCACAUUGCCUGUGGAAAGCCAUUAUAAUUAUACAGCUAUAGAUGUCUCACCAAAUGGAUCUGUUCUCUUGGCUAUUAAUGAAAAGGGUGAAGCACAUAUGAUAAGUCUGGUAACAUGCUCAGUAAUACAUAAAUAUAAAUUCAAACAGCAAGUAAAUGCUGUUAAAUUUAGUCCAGAUGGAAAAUAUUUUGCAGCUUGCUGUGGUGAUACAGUAUUCAUAAUGACAGCCCCGACCAGUUACUCAGGUGAAUUCCGUUCGUUUAUCAUGAAGAGGGUCUAUCAAAAAGCAUAUGAUGAUGUAACGUGCUUAGACUGGUCAACCUGUUCCAAACUAUUAGCAGUUGGCUCCAAAGAUACAACAACUAAAAUCUACACCGUUGACUACUUGGAUAAUAUUAACAUGUUUUCGAUGGGUGGACAUACAGAUAAAAUUGUUGGUGUAUUUUUUGAGAGAAAGAGCUUGGAUCUGAUAACUGUGAGUAGGAACGGACAGGUUUGUCUAUGGGAGGCUAGUAUAGACCCGGAUGACUUGAUUGUUUCUGAAGUACAAAUAUCGCAUAGAAAACGAAGGAAAUUGCAAAAAGCGGAGGACAGUGAAGAUGAUAUUGAUGAAAAGAAUGUCAUUGAAAAGGACAAAGAUUAUCAGAGUGACGAUGAUAAGACCAAUAUAAAAGAAGAAAUCAAAGUGAAGGAAGAAAAGAGGUUGUUUUUUACGAAACUAGGACGGCAUUAUAUUGGAGAUGCUAUACGAAGUGCCAAUUAUAAAGUGAAGCUGACGGCUGCGCAGUAUCACAAAGCUACUAAAAUGUUAAUCACAGGUUUCUCAAAUGGUGUGUUCUUCCUGCACGAGUUGCCGGAUGUGAACUUGGUGCACACACUAAGUGUGUCGGAGCACCGCAUCAGCAGUGUGGCGGUGUCGCCGCAGGGGGAUUGGGUCGCCUUCGGUUGCCCACAUAUUGGACAGCUGCUCGUCUGGGAGUGGCAGAGUGAGCAAUAUGUGAUGAAGCAACAAGGUCACUCUCAGGAUAUGACUUGUGUGGCAUACUCACCGGACGGUCAGUACAUAGUGACAGGGGGGUACGACGGCAAGGUGAAGCUGUGGAACACCUCCUCCGGCUUCUGCUUCGUCACCUUCAGCGAGCACUCCUCCACCGUCACCAGUAUUGUCUUCAGUGCCAAUAAGAAGUUCUUCGUGUCCUCAUCACUUGAUGGUACUGUUAGGUGUUAUGAUUUGACGAGAUAUCGCAACUUCCGUACUCUGACAUCGCCGAGCUUGGUACAGUUUGGGUGUGCUGCGCUGGAUGCCAGCGGUGAGCUGUGUGCUGCAGGAGGACAGGAUGUCUUCGAGAUAUUCCUCUGGUCCGUCAAGUUCGGCAAACUGCUCGAUGUGUUAGGUGGUCACGAGGCGCCGGUGGUGAGCCUGGCCUUCAGCCCCACAUUAUCCAGUUCCCGUCUGGCCUCAGCCAGCUGGGACAAGACAGUGCGUCUCUGGAACUGUAUAGAAACCAGUAGUGAUUGUGAAGUUAUACAGUUUACGUCUGAUGCACUACAAGUUGCAUAUAGACCGGAUGGUGAAGAGAUUGCAGUGUCGACGUUGGAUGGUAACAUAACGUUUUUUAACGCGACUAGCUGUGAGCAGAGCGGUUACAUCGAGGGUCGUAAUGAUCUCGGCUCAGGCCGAGCUGAUACUGACCUCGUCACCGCCAAACAACAACUUAAAUCUAAGGCAUUUACAACAAUCUGUUACUCAGCGGAUGGCAACAGUGUGCUCGGUGGUGGCAACUCCAAGCAUGUCUGUCUCUACAGCAUCAAAGAGGCUGUGCUCAUCAAGAAGUUUGUCAUCACACAGAACAGAUCUCUCGACGCCAUAAGUGACGUUGUGAAUCGUCGAUUGCUGUCAGAGUUCGGCAACAUGGCGCUGGUGGAGCAGCGUGGUGAGCUGGAGGGAGGGGAUGUCAGCUUGCGUCUUCCUGGUGUACAGGCUGGUGACAUGGCCGAGAGGAACAUCAAGCCUGAGGUGCGUGUACAAUGUGUACGGUUCUCACCUACGGGGGAGAGUUUCGCUGUGGCGGCGACAGAGGGCCUGCUCAUCUACAGUCAGAAUGCAGGAUUGGAUGGCACAUUCAGACCGUUUCGUCUGGAGACUGGCUCUACUCCUGCAGCGGUGAAGAAUCUUCUAGAAGAAGGUAGUUGGGGCCGCGCGCUGCUCGGAGCUCUGCAGCUCAACGAGCACCAUCUUAUCCAGCAGUGUGUAGAAGCUAUACCACCAGCUGACAUUGAGUUGACAGUGCGAGAUUUAGAAAAGGAAUACUGUGACCGGCUGACCAGCUCGGUGGCUCGUCUGCUGGAAGACAGCAGACACUUGGAGCACCUGCUGGUGUGGGCGCGAGCUCUCCUCAGCAAGGGUCGUCUGCCGCAGAACGUACUGCUGGCGUUAGAGAAGGUCCUCACUGUUAAAUACUCACAGUUGAGUAAGAUAUGUGAUUUCAACAAAUACACAAUACGCUGUAUAAAGUCGGUAGCAGAGAUCGCGCCCAAACAAGAAGAUGUCGAGAUGAUGGACACCGACAAUGAAUCCAGUGGUCGUGGAACUUUCUCUGACACAGACUAAAUACAUUUGAUAAUAAAAUGUUUUCAUACUUA